AAGCUUAGUACCACAACUCCUAUAUCUAAUCCCUUGUUAAAACAUCAAUGAAAACCACACGUUUUUUUGUACAAAAUCAUGUUGUUGAUCCGUUCAUCUUCGAGAUCAUAUGACUCGGCAAAGCUCUUCGGUCGCCGGAGAUCCCUGCAUGCUGCCCUCGGAGGAGGAAGAGCUGCGGAUGUCAUCUUAUGGAGGGACAAGAACUUAUCGGCGACCGUUUUGGCUGGCACGACAAUGAUUUGGUUCCUUUUCGAGAUCGUCGGAUGCCAUUUUGUGACACUUGUGUGUCAUGUCUGCAUCAUCGUCAUGAUCGUCAUCUUCCUCUGGUCCAAAGGCGCCACUCACUUCAAUCGGACGCCUCCCAAAAUCUCAGACAUCAUGUUAUCCGAGCGUACAUUUGAGGAUGUUGCAUUGGCCUUUCAUGCCAAAUUGCUUAUUUUCAUUUCGAUCCCCUAUGACGCCGCACGUGGGAAAAACAUGAAACUCUUUCUUAUGGCAAUUGCUUCACUUUGGAUAUCAUCAGUGGUAGGAAGCUUCUGCAGCUUCACAAGUUUCCUCUAUUUUGGUGUCAUUUGCAUCCAAACCCUUCCAGCAUUGUAUAAGCGAUAUGAACGGGAGGUGGAUUUUCUCAUGGGGAGGGGAAAUCGUAAUGUGAAGAAAUUAUAUAAGAAAUUCAAUUCUGAUGUUCUUAAAAUGAUUUUGAAGGGGCCCGUGAAAGGGAGGAAAUUUAAAUGAACACAGCUGAAGUUUAGUAGAUGUUUCAUGACAUUUAUGAAAAUUGGCUACUUCUUGAUACAUCUCAUUAGUUAAGGAUUGUUUUCAUUUUCA